GGGGUGAAGCUGAGGACAGAGAAGAGGCUUCCUUCCAACGCCACGCCGAAGCACCACCCCUCUGCCAAUUAAUCCUCUUCCGUUCAUAACCUCCUCCACCUCCCCAACAAAGCCUAAUGGCUUCCUCGUCCUCAUCCCGUGCCGUCGCGCUGCCCUAGAACCCUCGCCCCCCCCGCCGCUCCUCCUCGAAUUCCCCUCGCUCCGAUCGCCCCCCGACGCGCCCGCGCCAGAUCGGCGGAAUUCCGGGCCCGGAUCGAAAUCGAACCCGCCCGCUCCCCCGAUCAGUAACGCACCGCCUGAGGCGGGUUGGAUCCUCGGGCGGGGGAUUCUCUUGAUUUCGGUUUCUUCUUCCCCGUCCCGCGAUGGGGGCGCCGAAGCAGCGCUGGACGCCGGAGGAGGAGGCCGCGCUCAAGGCCGGCGUCGCCAAGCACGGGCCCGGCAAGUGGCGCACCAUCCUCAGGGACCCGGACUUCAGCACGCUCCUGCGCCUCCGCUCCAAUGUUGACCUCAAGGACAAGUGGCGCAACUUGAGCGUAGUUGCUGGAGGUUAUGGGUCUAGGGAGAAGGCGAGAAUGGCGUUGAAGAAAGGCAGGCGCGUGGUGCCUAAGCUCACUGCUGAGCCAAUGGAUGUUGAUGCGAAUGGUUUGGGCAAUGUUCAUGAUGCAGUCAUCGAUGCAGAACCAUUAGCAAUGGCUGUGGAGCCCUUGGCAGUCGAGGAGAGUUCAGAAAAAUCAGUUGCUAGGCUUGAUGACCUCAUAUUAGAAGCUAUAAAGAAGCUUAAGGAGCCUUCUGGGUCUAAUAAGGCAGCCAUUGCUGUCUAUAUUGAGGAGCAAUACUGGCCACCUGCUGAUUUUCCGCGGCUGCUGUCUACCAAAUUGAAGGCAUUGGUUAAUUCUGGAAAAUUGAUGAAGGUAAACCAAAAGUACAGAAUUGCACCAAGUUCACCUUCCUUGGGUGGAAUAAGCACCAAGGUGUACUCUGCUGAAGAGAUGACUGGAGAAAAUGAUACUAAGCAGCUAACUAAGCCUCAAGUGGAUGCUGAACUGGAGAAGCUGAAAGGCAUGACUAAGGAAGAGGCAGCUGCCUUUGCUGCCAAGGCAGUUGCUGAGGCGGAAGUAGCAAUGGCACAAGCUGAGGAAGCAGCAAGGGCUGCGGAGGUCUUAGAAAAUGAUGCUGAAACUGCAAUAGCUUUUCUUGAAGCCCUCACUUUGUCUUUGAGAGACAGAAAUGCCAAUUCGACGAUGCUUCGAGCUUGCUGAUCCUUUACCCAUGCCGUCAUGUGGUUUUGGUCAGCAGAACAACAGUGUUCUGCUGCAAAGAUUUUCCGGAUAGAUGAGUUUCUUGUAUAGUUUUAUAGAUCAUUAUGCUUCAAUGGGAGGGGUUGUCAACAUCUCGCUGCUGGUCCUGACUGCUUGCAGCCAGUCGACUGUAUAAUGACAAGAAUGGUCGGGAAAGUUGUCUUCAUUUUUUUUCUUUUGUUUUUCCCCCAUUGUGUUGCUUUGUAAUUAAACUCUAGCCUUUUCCCUUUUGUAGUUGAUGAAGUGAUGUCGUCAAAUAGAACAACUGUAGUGGAAAGAAAAUGUCAGAAAGCUGCCUUAGUUAAUGCAAGUUGCUGCGAUAAAAUGUUUCUAGAUACGAUUAUUUGAUGCCAGCAUCUUAACAUUGUAGCUGAUUCACAGUUGUAGUGGAUUAUUGGCCGCUGCCUCAUUUCUAUUUGUUGUAGGUAUAUCCUUGGUAUAAUAAUCAUAUCUUUACACCUA